GCACUCACCGGCCACGACUCACCCACCUCUGCCUGGCCGCGCUGUCCGCCGUUUCCCGCACAACGGCCGAGCCUCCGCCGAGCCUUUGCGCGUCAGAUCGGAUGCCUCCGAGGGCGGAUGCAGGUGUCUCCUUCGCUGAGAGCUUGGCGCGUAAGGUCGAUGCCUUUCACGUGCAGCAACGGGAAGAGAAGCGGCAGUGGGUUGCCAAGGAGAUCGAGAAGUUCAAGCAGCUUUGCGAACAC